CAAGUAAUCCUCCUGGUCCACACGUCAUAAUAUCUCCUUCCACUCGUCGUCGUCGUCUCCGGCGAGAUCCCCUUCCUCCUGCGCCCGCCGCCAUGGCUUCCGUCUUCAGCGGCGACGAGACCGCCCCCUUCUUCGGCUUCCUCGGCGCCGCCGCCGCGCUCGUCUUCUCCUGCAUGGGGGCGGCGUACGGGACGGCCAAGAGCGGGGUGGGGGUGGCGUCCAUGGGGGUGAUGCGGCCGGAGCUCGUCAUGAAGUCCAUCGUGCCCGUCGUCAUGGCCGGCGUGCUCGGGAUCUACGGGCUCAUCAUCGCCGUCAUCAUCUCCACGGGGAUCAACCCCAAGGCCAAGCCCUACUUCCUCUUCGACGGCUACGCGCACCUCUCCUCCGGACUCGCCUGCGGCCUCGCCGGGCUCGCCGCCGGCAUGGCCAUCGGCAUCGUCGGUGACGCCGGAGUCAGGGCCAAUGCGCAGCAGCCAAAGCUGUUCGUGGGCAUGAUCCUCAUCCUUAUCUUCGCAGAAGCUCUUGCUCUCUAUGGGCUGAUCGUGGGCAUCAUCCUGUCCUCCCGUGCCGGCCAAUCUCGCGCUGAUUAGAAGAAAUCACUUGCAAGAGAGGAGCACACGGUUCAUCAUUGUAUUCUGUUUUCCUAGAGACUGUUUGGUCUUCUGUUGUGGUUCUUCUGUGUUGAUGCUCGUCGGUGGAGGAACAUAAUGUGGGUGGGAUCAGAGAUCUCCAAACCCUCUGUCUGUAAUUUUAUUCUAUCUGCAAUGCAAAGCUAUAUGUAUUACCUCAUAUCUAGCGUCUGUUCUUCGGCUGUUGUAUUUAUUAUUUGGAAUAAUAAUCGGUGACAUGCUGUCCUGGAUGUGAUGAAUAAAUAAGCAAGUUAGACCUAGUUCCAGAUUUGUAUGUAACUCCAGUCCAGAUUGAUUUUCUUUGCACCUGUGAGUGCUUGC